AUGGCAAGUGCGACGAAGUUCGACCCAGAGCCUCAAGCUCUAGACCUGUCCACUAAAUCGCGGACCGUGUCCGAAUCCUCCGAGGCGACAGAAGAUUCUAGGAAAAACAAGCGUAAGCUGCAGGAGCCUCGGAGACGCACAACUGACUUUAGCGUAAAGAGGUUAUGUCAAAGCCCACCAAGCCCAGCCAGAGCCAGCCCAGGGUAUGAGCAGAGGGCGACGAUUAUUUCACGUGCGGGGGAGACAGUUAAAGGCACGGUAGUCCCUGGGGGCCACGUUGGACAAGCAACCAUACCCUCACCAGCACACUCAGGCCCUACGCCCCCAAGUCACCCCGGAUCGUUAAGUCCAGAUUCUCUGUGUCGGGUACCUCCGUAUCCCGGGGGAUGGCCGUUCCAGUUUUAUCUUCCGCCGCAGUAUGCUGGCAUGUACGGAUACCCCCACCCUGCACUUCUUUCCACAAUGAAUCUAUUCCAAAGGAGCAUAGCACCUCCAAACGAUAAAAGUGCUGAGGGCGAGUCGUCGCGUGCUACGGGACGGUCGCAGUCGACGUCUAGCGCUUCCAAUUCAGCUGCGGUGGAGACGGCAAGGACUACGUAUCCUGCAGCAGACGCCGGUGAAGAUGACGAGGCUGAAGAUUAUGACGACGACUUAGGGUUAAAACACGGCUCAAGACGACGGAAAAAUUACAAAAAUAUGACGCGAGAGAGGCGCGUGGAGGCCAAUGCCCGCGAACGCACGCGCGUACACACGAUAAGCGCAGCAUUUGAGAGACUACGCAGAGCUGUGCCGUCGUAUUCCAAUAACCAAAAACUUUCAAAACUAGCAAUUUUGCGAAUAGCUUGUAGUUAUAUCUUGUCUCUGGCCCGCUUGGCCGAUAUGGAUUAUAGCGAAGACCAAAAAGGAUUGAACUUUCAGGAAUGUGUAGAACUGUGUACGAAAACUAUCAAUGCAGAGGGGAGAGCGAGACGACGACAUUGA